AUGGUUCACAUCCAUGACGGUGGGGUCCGUGUUCCUGACACACCUUGUUUUGUGUGUUGCAGUUCUGAGGAGCCCAAGACCAAGCUGCCCAUCACAGUGUCCCAGUCUCUCAAACAGGCUCUGGAGAAACUGCGGGUAUCCGAGACCAACGAAGCUGCCCAGAAAGACAGUAAUCUGGUGAUCCCUGGAACCAGGUGCAAGAACUCAGGCUGCAAGACGUCUUACGCUGGUCCCGAGACAAACGCUGAGGCCUGUAUCCAUCACCCCGGGGCCCCUGUCUUCCAUGAAGGGUAUAAAUACUGGAGCUGCUGCUGUAUAAAAACCAUCGACUUCAAUGCCUUUCUGGAUCAGAAGGGCUGCACCACUGGCAAACACACCUGGGUCCAGAAAAAGAACAAGAAGAUGGUGGCGUGCCGGCAUGAUUGGCACCAGACGGGCAGCCAGGUGGUGAUCACAGUGUAUGCCAAGAAUGCAGUGCAGGAGCAGUCGUACGUCGAGGCCAACCGUACCAUGCUGACCAUUCACAUCCAGUUUGACGGGGACAAAGUGUUUCACCAGGAACUUCAUCUCUGGGGGGUGAUCAGCGUGGAGCGCAGCGCUGUGAAAAUGGUGCCCUCCAAGGUGGAGCUGACCCUGGGCAAGGCGGACGCCGUGUCCUGGGGCAAGCUGGAGGACCCGCGGGCGCGGGCGGAGCAAGCGAGCGAGAGCGUGGAGGAGAGCGGGCCCAGCGAGGAGGCCAGGCCUGUCUGGGACGACUCCGAUGACGACAUCAGUAUCAGUGACUCUGAUGAGGAGUACACGAAAUAGCACCCCCGCUUUCCUUUGACCCCAUUGUCUCCUUUCCAUUACCUAAUCUACACCCUUAACUAAAUAUACUGUAAUUGCUAGAAAUAUCUUUUCCCACCCCAUUUCUAUACCGUCCAGCAAUACCAUUACAAGAGUCAUUAUUAUUAACACAGUAACCUCAACUGCACGACUACAUGAAUAAUUAAUGACAACGACAGAAAUACCAGUGCUGUGUGUCUGUAGCCAAGGAUCUUUAUACUGUUGUGCUUCUGUAAGCCUGAAUGAAUGACUGGACGGGCAAUGUCCACAUCGUACUGCAUACCUCUGUUCACUGGAAUUCUAAAAAAAUAUUUGUUGACUAGAA